GGACAGUCCGCGGUAGCUGGACAGCUUAACCACAACUCAGCCUCAGCCCCGCAGCAACCCCGAUGCAGGCCAAGUACAGCAGCACGAGGGACAUGCUGGAUGAAGACUGGGACACCACCGUGAGCCUGCAUUCUCGAGCCUCCACGACAACCCGGCGGCCAGAAUCUAGGCACACAGAGCACAGGGCUCCCUCUGCAGCAUGGCGACCAGUGGCCCUGACCCUGCUGACCUUGUGCUUGGUGCUGUUGACUGGACUGGCAGCUCUGGGCCUUGUAUUUUUCCAGUUCUACCAGCUCUCCAAUACUCAGAAAGACACCAUCUCUCAAAAGGAAGAAGUAUUGGGGAAUCUCUCCCUACAGCUGCAAUCUCUCCAAGCGGAGAACAGGAAGCUCGCAGGAACUCUGCAGCGUGUGGCUGAAAAACUCUGUCGUGAGCUCUACAAUAAAACUGGAGAACACAGUUGCAGCCCUUGCCCAGAAAAAUGGAAGUGGAAUGGGGACAAAUGCUACCAGUUCUCCAAAGAGAGCAAAAGUUGGCAGGGCUGUGACUAUUUCUGCAUUGCUGAGAAUGCAACCAUGCUGAAGAUAAACACACAAGAAGUGCUGGAGUUUGCCAUGCCUCAGAGCUUCUCUGAGUUUUUCUACUCUUAUUGGACAGGGCUCUCCCGCAACAGCAGUAGCAAGGUCUGGCUGUGGAUGGAUGGAGCCCCUUACUCUUUUGAACUGUUUGAGAUCAUCGUAGAUGUCACCAGCCUAAGAAGUAGGGACUGCGUGGCCAUCCUGAAUGGAAAGGCGUUAGCCAAGGACUGCAGAGAGCUGAGGCGGUGUGCGUGUGAGAGGACGGCGGCCGCAGUGAAGCCCGAGAGGCUCCGUUAGCUCCCGGAGCCAUGGGAUGGAGAGAGCGACUCUCCAGCUGAAUCUGACAAGAACAGAGCUGAGCCAAUGAGGCCAAUGUCAGGGACAGUCGAGACACUGGGGAAGGGAAAAUAUUGCAGAUAGGUGAUCUUUCACUACUUCCAGAAGAGUUCUCAUGUUUCCCAUUCAGGAUCACCAGCAUUUCUGAGUUGGGGGUCAUGCACAUUUUUACCAGUCACGGGAAGUACCUUCAACUCGCUCCAGAAACCCAUAAAGUUGUAAUUCAUCUUGACUUGAAGAUAACUUUCCAGUUCUCUUCUUUCUUAGCAUCUAAUAGCACCUCCCUGUUUUCCUAUUUUCCUUAGAUUUGUAUAAGUGAGCAACUUACUGAAGUAGACGAAUCAAGUAAAAGUAAAAUCCUUGGCCCUAACCAAUGGCCAAUAAGAAAUGAGCAGACAUUUCUCAUACUGAGCGGCCAAAUGCACAGCUAAUUGUUUUUGUUUGUUCAAAGUUGUACUUUUCCUUUCCUAGUGUCUUAGUGAAGACCCCAUCUGCUGUGUCUAUGGCCUGCUUUCUUGCUGGGAUAGCUCUUUUUAUGAGAAUCUUAAUUUCUUGCAAACAUACCUCCAGUGUCUACUAAGACACCAAAAAUUGCCUCCUUCCCCUAGGAAUUUCUCCUAGGGAAGAAAUAUUCUGAAUGCAGUUUCAUAUCAGAACUACUGUCUCCAGUACACCCUUCUGAGAGAUUAAAGACCAGGAAAAACAUGUGUCUAUAUGAGCAUCUAUAAUUGUUUCAGUUUCCAUUUUCUUCCAUUCAAUCCAUAUUUAUACAUUUUAGGUACUGUAAAUUUAAUAAUAAAUGUAAAUAAUGUGAACCGUGUGUGGUUUUAGAAUAGAUCUGUAAAAAUAAGCAUAGAAAUGCUUUUCGAAAUCUGAAAACAGUUAUUGCUUUGAUUGUGUCUGAUUGAGAGUUUGCAGAGACUCAUUGGGUAUUGAUUAUGGGAUUAUUUGGGAAAAAUAAGUCUUCAAAAUGCAUGUUGUCUCCUAGAGGAUGCUUUUAACACUUUCUGAAAUGAAAUCUUCCGAGGCACGCUUAUGGCACCAGCCCAUGGCUGCCGAGUAAACAAAGGUGCAGCCGGGCACGUGAUUUUCCGUCAGGUUGUGGAAAGUGAAAGGUUGUGACACAUAUAACCACCGACUUUACAGAGUGCAUGUCAGAUAGGCUUUUACCUCAAUCCAGGGCCUACGGGAAGUGCCACUCUGGAGAAUGAGCAGGAAAACAGUAGCAUUUAUUUGACCGACUUACUUUUCUUGAGCUAAUGUUUCUUCAUUUGCCUUUCAGUGCCCUGAUCUGCAUAACAAAACUCACAAUAUCUUAUGAUACAAGAAAAUAUUUCAAACAAACAGAAAAAUGUUAAGGCACAAUAUUUUCUCCAUAAACAAUUUUUUUUUUAAUUCAAGAAUAAGAUAUUAUCCCAAAAUAAACUUGAACAUAUGACUUGCUGAGAACACCUUUUGCUUGAGAAGCAGAGAAGGAUACCACAUGAAUUGAUUUUUGAGUAUGAAACGUCUUUUUCUCUUUUCAAUGCCUGUGCGUAUAAGUAAUUCUGAAGACGUCGUAGGGACAGUCAAGUGAGAAACAUGUCCUUUCCUGGUAAAGCCAAGUGGCCCAGGGAGAGUAAUGACCUAUUUCUUUUCCUGAGUAUAUUGAACCAGCUUUCAGGACUUAUCAACAGGAAACAGGUCUUGAGCUAUACAACAGCAGGAAGCGUGAGAAGGGUCAUGGGGGUUUUAUUAGGGAACGUGAGCAGAUUGUAGACCAAGUAGAAGAGUCUAGAAAGUUAACUCAAAGCCAGCCUUAAUGUUUGGGAGUCAAAUCUUGUGUUGGGGAGAUUCUCAUAGUUUUUGAGGAAUACAUAAAGCAACACAAUCUGAUUUAGGGUCUGCCCACGACUUUUGUACAAGGUUCAUUAUAUGAAUAUGUUUUCAAGCUCUAGUAAUACCUAUCAUUAUUUUAAUAUUUUCUUUUCCACAUAUUUAAUAUACUUACACUGUGCCAUAUAAUAAAAGCCUCUCUACAUUUGUA